AUGCGUCAAGAAAGCGAUGUUCUUGAAGAAUGGGACGGUGUCAGCGUGGCGGCGGGCAGCGGGAGCAGCACCAGGCCGAGGUGGAGGCGAUCAGCGGGACAGCAACGGUCCAAGUUGGAGGCGGUCAGCGGGACAGCAAACGGUCCAAGGUGGAGGCGGUCAGCGGGACAGCGACGGUCCAAGUUGGAUGGCAAUCAGCGUGAGAGCAAUGGUGCAAGGUGGGGUCGAUCAGCGGAACCGCAACGGUCCAAGGUGGAGGCGGUCAGCGGGACACCAACCAAGGUGGAGGCGUUCAGCGGGACAGCAACGGUCCAAGGUGGAGGCAGUCAGCAGGACAGCAACGGUCCAAGGUGGAGGCGAUCAGCGGGACAGCAACGGUUCAAAGGUGGAGGCGGCCAGCGGGACAGCAACGGUCCAAGGUGGAGGCGAUCAGCGGGAGAGCAACGGUCCAAGGUGGAGGCGGUCAGCGGGACAGCGACGGUCCAAGGUGGAGGCGAUCAGCGGGACAGCAACGGUCCAAGGUGGAAACGGUCAGCGGGACAGCAAUGGUCCAAGGUGGAGGCGAUCAGCGGGACAGCAACGGUCCAAGGUAGAGGCGGUCAGCGGGACAGCAACGGUCCAAGGUGGAGGCGAUCAGCGGGACAGCAACGGUCCAAGGUAGAGGCGGUCAGCGGGACAGCAACGGUCCAAGGUGGAGACGGUCAGCGGGACAGCAAUGGUCCAAGGUGGAGUCGAUCAGCGGGACAGCAACGGUCCAAGGUGGAGACGGUCAGCGGGACAGCAACGGUCCAAGGUGGAGUCGAUCCGCGGGACAGCAACGGUCCAAGGUGGAGACGGUCAGCGGGACAGCAAUGGUCCAAAGUGGUGGCGAUCAGCGGGACAACAACGGUCCAAGGUGGAGUCGAUCAGCGGGACAGCAACGGUCCAAGGUAGAGGCGGUCAGCGGGACAGCAACGGUCCAAGUAGAGGUAAUAGGAUCACCGGAACAGCCGAUAACGAUUCGAUUCAAUUUCAACACCGCGAGCCUUGCUUCUGGGUAUGCAGACGAUUCUUUGAAUCGUCCCACCA